GUCUCAUGUUUUCAACCUACCUAUCGUCGUUGGGUGGAAGCAGAAGAGGCGUCUAGUAGUCACCGGACCCCACAACGGAAACGUGCGUCACGAGCAAACUGCACGAGCGGAGAAAGAGUCAUAUACUUGUUGGUGUGCAGCCGCUCAUUCAAGGAAUUUUGAGCUGGGUUCUUUGGGUGCGAUAUUGCAGGGCGACGAGACCGAUAUUGGAGAGCGGAGUCUUAUUGGCUGUCUGUAGCGUUUGCCCUGUGACGGAGUAGCCUCCUGCGUCUUGUUGAGCCGAAGAGCACACUCCCCUUUCGGCCUAUGCGAAAAUGUCCACCUCCGUCCAUUUGCAGGAGGUUUACCAGCUCACGACCCACCCCUUUACCGUGGCACUCCCAAAGAGGGUGGUUCUAGAGUCAGCCGGAAAGCCGACUGAGACAGCAGUGAAGAAGCAGGAACAGACCAGCACAGGGAAAGGUGGAUCGAAAAGGCCCCCCAGGGUUGUGGUACCCCCGGGGUUUCUAACAGCUGGGGUAUCCGAGAGAGAGUUUGGGGACUACGGCGAGUCGAGUGACCAUAUCGCCGAGAUUUUGACCGUUCAAGGCUCUGGCGUCUAUCUGUACGACUUACAAAAACAGCAAUGUCUUCACUCGUGGUCCGUCCCGCCAGGGCAUCUUUUCACAUGUCCUGCUCGAUUCCUUCCCGCUGCGCCGACACAUUCAUCACAAGCGACUGAUUCGAUGGAGCUAGACACGGAAGAUGCUGACGUAGAGAACGCAUCAAAGCUUCAAGGGAACGUGUAUGCUGUAAUAGAAGCUGGAACAGACGUACAGGAGGAGGAAGAGAAGCGACGAGUGUGGAUGUGGAAAGUCGGAGGCGGUGCGGGUGGUCUGGUCAAGACGGACAAGCAGAAUCGAGUGCUGGUUGCUGGAAAGCCGGACGCGUCAAAGAAGUUCGAUGUCCCCAUCUUUCGCCUAUCCGCCUUUACUUGCCUGAAAAGCUCGGUUGGCGCACAUAUUUCAUUGAUACACGAAAAUGGAGGCAUCACCGUUGUAGAUCGCGAUUUGAAGGCCCUUGCAUCCCUCUCACCAAAGGAAGAAAGGACGCGGGUCAUCUGGUCAGAUGAUAUGUGGAUGGAAGGUCCUGAGGAGGACGGCGCCACUCAGAGGAUUUUGUCGGUCGUGGAAGAAAACGGGGCCUUGGUCGCUCGGAUACACAAGAUUUCUUCGCUCCAGUCUACAGUAAAGAUUCAGCUUGUGUACAGCGCACCGAUCCCUCCUGUCACUGGAGAGCCGGCUCCCGCUGCGUUUGCAUCUCAGAAACAGGGCACGAAGCUGAUUGUCGCGUAUUCCGACUUGACUUGCAAGGUGUACUCCCUCAAUGUGCGAGCGCGGACAUGCACAGAGACUCUUGCAUUGACUCUGAACGUGCUGGGUCUCAACACGGGCGCCCCAGCAUUACUCGAAGCCGCUGCUGGCCCUGCGCGGAUUUCCAUAACGGCACUGGACGAGAAAUAUCUAGCGGUUGUGGGGACACGGAAAGCAGGCUCACAGGACGUUCUGUCCAUCUGGGAUACGGAGUAUGGUGCAUUGCACAUUGAAAAGCAGUUGAACGCAAUGCCAGAGAAGGAGCACGAUGUCAACUCCAACAAUAUCCGCACCUUCCACAUUGGUUCAAGCAUCUCACCCUUGACCGGCAGUGUCAUCACGCUUUCCGCGUCAACCGUCACGACCCGCCGCCCACUGACUUUCAGCUCCACCGUUGAACUCGUUCCUUUCCACUGCCCACCUCUGACACUUGCUUCCGUUCUCGGCCGACUCCGGAAACCUAUCGAAUCGACGCCAACCAUAUCGACCGUCGGUUCCGUUAUGGAAGGGGCAAAUGUCAUCCGUCCGCUCGGCUUGGGAAUGGCAGCCUCCGGGGUCGUCGCGCCCCCGGUCGCGGAGGAAGACGUGAGCGCCUGGAGCAAGGAGCUUUUUGCCUUGGACGAAUUGGACCGCGGUUACCUGCAGAAGUUGCUAGGCCCAAUCAAAAACGAGCCCGAAUUUAACGUCGUUUUGUGCGCGUGGAUGCAGAAGAAGCUCACCGAACUUAACAGGCUGAAGGAGGAAGCUGAGGCGGCUCGGAAGGAAGCGGAGCCUGUGCCGGAGGUUGUCGUGCCUGCGAAGCACAAGAGGGGUGCCAGAGCCCGUGAAGAAAGGGCACACGCGCUUGCGAAUGCCAUGAAAAAGGAAGGGAAGUCCGUUUCAGAGGCUGCUUUGGAAGAGCCUGCGGCCCCUGCAGAGAAGCAACCUGUUCCUGCGUACCUGACAGUUCCACCGUCUCGCGCUCUUCUGAACCUCUUCCCCAAGAUUGAGCUCUCACCAACGGUCGUGAAUACUCUUCUUGCUCGGUGUCUCCGGACACCUAAGACGUUCUGGCCCAGACAUUCCAUCCAAUUCCUGCUUCGCACGGGGUGCGCCUCCACGCGAUGCUGCGACACCCUGGUCGUGCCAUCCGCAAACAAGCCAGCAACCAACCCCAACACCAAAACCAGCAUCAUCGCCUGCGCCCUCGAACGCGGCGAUCUGUCCAUUAUGGAACUCGCCAUUCGCCACGUCGCCGACCUGAACGAGGGCGAGAUCGUCGACGCCAUCAAAUGGGUCCUUUCCGUACCCCGGGACGCUGCGAGGAGGAAGUACCUGGAAACGUGGGUCAAACUCAAGAACGGACGCAAAUGGGCUAAAGAGAAGAAACGAGCUGCGGGCAACGUCAACCCCGAACGUGCAGGCAACUUUGAGAAGGACGAGGGGGAGGUUGAGGAAGAUUUGGCGGAGGUGGCUGAGGAUGUUGAGAAUAGUGUCAAAGUUGAGCCGGCCGUUGUUCCUGACCGCAGUGAAGUGGAGUUCUCGCCAGUAAUCACACAAGCUCAAGCCCGGUUCCUGCGCGCCAUCUUUGCCCGUCCUCGCACCGACAACUUCCUCGUGUACGCCCUCAAGCGCCUCGAUGACGUCGAACUGGCUGGGUUGCUGGAGUGGCUGACAUCGGUGUUGAUGACGGAGCAGCUGCCAGAGGAUGAUGAGGAAGCUGAUGAGCAUUCUAUGGUUAUUGAGGGACCUUCCAACCCGUUCGUCCAUCGGGAGGCUGACAAGGGACCAAGGAUCCCGUUGUGGUGGCUAUGGGCUCCUGAGAAGAGGUAUGCUCAGAGCGAGCCUAUCGCUGAAGGGUCAUAUGAGGAGUGGCAGAUGGCCCUCGACCUCCUGCCCAUCCUCCUGACCGCUCACCUGCCUACCCUCCUCCACACCCCGAGCCUUGUCGCCUCCCUCACGACCCUCCACGCCCACAUCACCGCCCAAACCUCCCUCCUGACCACCUUCAACACCCGCCUGCGCGCCCCGCUCCUCACCGCGGUGCAGAACGCCGAAGAAGAGCAGCGCGCACGAGCACGUCGUGCCGCGGCGGAUCCGAUGGAUGAUCCGCAGAAGGGACGGAGGUGGAAGAGGAUGGUGGAGGAUGCGCAAGGGGAGGUUUAUGAUGUUGAGGUUUACAGGGUUUGAUCAGGGACGAUCAGCAAUUGCUUCGGUUGCUAGUUGGGCGUAGAUAGAUUCUGCGAGUAGAGCACGAGCACAUACGCGGCGUUCGGGUAGUUGGGAUAGUUUCUAGUGUACUUGUAUAGAGCCCCUUUCAUCCCACAUUUUCUUUCCAUCAACUGCCAU